UUCGCUCACUUCCCCAGCCCCGCGCGGCGCCCGCCGCCCGCUUCCCUCGCACCCGCGGCCGCCCCGCGCCCGCCCCGCGCGCCGGGCAUGUGAGCGCGGGCGGGCGCCGCCACCAUGGCCUCGCCGCCGCUCCCGCUCCCGCUCCCGCUGCUGCUGCUGCCGCUGCUGCUGCUGCCGCCGCCGGCCGCCCCCGGGACGUGGGGGCAGCCGCCCUCCCCGGCCCGCCGCGCGCCGAGCCGGGCGCCCCUCGCAGGAGCGGGGCUGGCGCGGCCGCCGGAGCCCGAGCCCGGCCCCGAGCGCGAGCCGACGCCGCCCACGCCGCCCCGGGAGCGCCGCGGGCCCGCGCCCCCCGGCCCCAGCCGCACGGCCCUCGGGCCGGCCGCCGCCACACGCCGGGGACGCUCGCGCCGGGCCCCCCAAGGCGGGAGCGCGGCUGUGGUAAGGAACCACUGGCCAGAAAGUAGCACCAAACCCCACAUAGAAAACAUCACCAUUGAUCAGAACCAAAUGGACUUUUCAACGGUGGUCUCCAAGGAGGGCGUGAUGACUCAGACCCCCAGAAAGAGCUACACUUCUUCAGAUGCUCCAGAAAACUUCAUUCCACAAACUGAAGCAGCAGAUGCUAGAGGAAGAAAUGACUCUUCCAGGAAAACAAAUUUCACCAUUUCCCCUGUUGGGUCUGACACAGCAACAGCUCUGACUUCCCAGAGCCUCACCAGAGCAUUGGGGACACUUCGCUCGCCAUCCAGUUCAGGGUCAGAAGGAAGAACUGCCCCUUCUCACACUGAGAGCGGAACGUCCCAAGGGUCCCUGGCAAGAGGAAAGGGGCUCCCCGAAGACGUGACCGUGCACACCCAACUAGCUGCCACUUUGGUUUUCAGCCAGGCCCCUCUGCCUGCUUUAGAGAUGGAAGAGGAGACCACGCUCUCUAGGAAGAGAAAUUUUUCAGGACCAGCGCUCUCCAGGACACCGGCUCACUCCCCUCCCUCAGACCACCCCGGAUCUUCUGGAAGCACUGAGAUGCUUAACAACUCCACUACUCUCCGAAGCACCUUGCUGAAUGGGACACAGAGUGUGCGUGUUACCACCACGCUCCCCAGUGGUGUCCCAGGGAUGCUCCAGUCUUUAACCGGCAGUCCACGACCUCUAAAUGAGACAGAGCAUUCCCCCAAGGACUCAGAAAUUGCCAUGACUUCAGUAUCAGCCCGUUCUUCACCCUUUGAGGCAGAGCUGAGAAGAGGCAGUGGAGUAAUCAGGAAUCCAGGGGAUGGGGAAUUCACUGAGCCAUCCACAGAAAAUGGAUUUGGCCUCACAUCUUCUGGGGUCUCAGUGGAAUUCUGGCAAAAUGAUUCCCCAACCUUGGGAGGAGAGCAGCUUGCCAGCAGCUCAGACGCAGAGGAUGGAAGUCCCAUGUCUCAAACUGAGACUGUGUCUAGGUCAGUCCUGCCGGGCAGAAGUGGAGCCAGCACAGCACGCUGGUUCUUGACCAACAGCAAGACAUUCGCAGAUGCGACAGGAAGCUCCACUUCCUAUCCUGAAGUUGUGAACGCCUCAGUGCUGACCCGGUUCUCAGCCUCUGUGUCCCAGUCUAGAGGAAGUGACACAGCACUGGGCGACAGGAGCUACUCUGAGCCAGCCACCGAGUCUUUGUCCUCAUCCUCCUCAGAAAGCCUGGAUUCCUCAGCAGCACGUGGUGAGUGCUCAACCACCGAGGAGGGUCCUGAGCCUGGAGGAAAUUCUGCCACGCAGGAGGGGACUGCCGAGGCUCCCCACCCGCACACUGCAGCUACUUUCCCGGGGACUGCAGAGCGCACGUCACGGUCUCUCACCAACACGAGCACAACUUCUGCAGAAGUGGGGCACUCUGUGGUGACCAGAGAAACCGAGAGUGCCACCCAGCACGGGAACGUGACGGUGACUGCUGACGCCCACCUGGUCUCUGGUUCCCUGGCGGCCUCACCAGCCCUGGGAGUCACUGGAAUUAGCUACAGUCAAGUGAGUGGCACGGACUUUGAACAGAAGGCUUCCAGCGACUACGCAGACCACACCUAUGUCUCCUCUACUUUUACCAAAGGAGAACGAGCAUUGCUGUCCAUUGUAGACAACAGUUCAACCCCGGACAUAAGGGAGAGUUCGACCUCUUCUGCUAAGAUCUCAAACUCUUCACAUUUAGAGUAUUCUUCCUCUUCUCAGGCUCAGACUGAAAGAAGUAAUGUGUCAUCCUAUGAAGGGGAGUACGCCCAGCCUUCCACCCAGUCCCUGGCUCUGCACACAGCCAACCUUCCAUCCUACACAUCCACCAUUAACAUGCCAAACACGUUGGUUCUUCUGGACGCUGAUGCUGGAUCGACUGGCAACUCUUCUUCCUCUUUUUCUCCUCCUCCUCCUCCUUCUUCUUCUUCUUCUUCUUCUUCUUCUUCUUCUUCUUCUUCUUCUUCUUCGGGACCCCCUUUGCCCCUGCCCUCAGUAUCCCAGUCCCACCAGUCAUUCUCCUCAAUCUUACCAUCAACCGGGGCCUCUACUCUUCCACUGCAGUCCACUCCCCAUGCACCCACACCUGUGUCUUCCUCACCAGCGUCCCUGACAGCAUCUACCCUUGCCUCGCCGUCUACCUCCCAAACAACGCUGGCACCUUCACCUUCUACUCUGGUCCUGCCUGUGACUCUAGUUCAGACGGCGACAAUGGCAUUGUCUGUGGCAAUGCUCCCCAGUAGUCAAACAGCAAAUCCUAAGAACCAGAGUAACCCAUACCAUGAGAAAGUCAUUACAGAGUCAAAGCCACCGAGCCUGGAGUCUCUGCCCACAGAGGCCACCGAAGCUGUAACAAUGAGGUCUACCUCAGGGAUCCCUAUGCCCUCGGCCUUAACAGAGUCCUCCACUGAGCAAACCCUUCCAGCUGUAAGCACCAGCAUAGCCCGAACGUCUCCAGCUUUGACAACCACCAUUCUUGAGACCUCUCAUCCCCCCAGCUCUGCGUCAACCACAGCAGCCCUGAUGGCUGACCCCACAACAGUACAGACUACGGCUGGAAAGCAGCUCUUGCCAACCAGCCCUGAAAUUCCAGUACCACGAAUCUCAACAGAAAGUGCUGUCACCACGGAAAGGAACCAAGCCCAUGUAGAUGCUACCACCCAGUUGGUGCCCCUGACCAGUGUACCCACGUCGGCGAAAGGACCGACCAUGGGGCUCGGUGUGAUGGAAGAGAACAGCCCGGCUUCACACUUCCUCGGAACAUCUCCUUCUCCCCAGACCGUAGGCGUUUCCACAGACCAAGUACUGACUCCUAGAUCUACUACCUUCGCUGCUCGGGGCAGCACACCGUCACCCACAGCACUGUCAUCGGCAGCUCCAGUUAACAGCUGUGCCACUAACCCUUGUCUUCAUGAUGGGAAAUGCUCUGUGGACUCCAGCAGCCGUGGGUAUCGAUGCAUGUGCUCACCUUCCUGGCAAGGGGAUGACUGCAGUAUGGAUGUGAAUGAAUGCCUCUUGAACCCCUGCCCACCCCUGGCCAUGUGCAACAAUACUCAGGGAUCCUAUACCUGCAAAUGCCCGGUUGGGUACCAGUUGGAAAAAGGAAUAUGCAACCUGGUUAGGACCUUCGUGACAGAGUUUAAAUUAAAGAAAACGUUUCUCAAUACCACCAUGGAGAAACACUCAGACCUACGUGAAGUUGAAAAUGAGAUCACCAGAACAUUAAAUGUGUGUUUUUCAAUGUUUCCUGGUUAUACCCGAUCCACAGUUCAUGCUUCUAGGGAGUCCAGUGCAGUGGUCAUGUCCCUGCAAACCACGUUCUCCUUGGCCUCCAAUGUGACACUGUUUGACCUGGCUGACGGGAUGCAGAAAUGUGUCAACUCCUGUAGGUCCUCUGCUGAGGUCUGCCAGCUCUUGGGAUCUCAGAGGCGGAUCUUCAGAGCGGGCAGCUUGUGCAAGCGGAAGACUCCGGAAUGUGACAAGGAGACCUCCAUCUGCACUGACCUGGAUGGUGUCGCCCUAUGCCAGUGCAAGUCAGGCUACUUCCAAUUCAACAAGAUGGAUCACUCCUGCCGAGCAUGUGAAGAUGGAUAUAGGCUUGAAAAUGAAACCUGUAUGAGUUGCCCAUUUGGGCUCGGUGGUCUCAACUGUGGAAACCCCUAUCAGCUGAUCACCGUGGUGAUUGCAGCAGCAGGAGGCGGGCUUCUCCUUAUUCUAGGCAUUGCGCUGAUUGUUACCUGCUGCCGAAAGAGUAAAAAUGACAUAAGCAAACUCAUCUUCAAAAGUGGGGAUUUCCAAAUGUCUCCCUAUGCUGAGUACCCCAAGAACCCUCGCUCACAAGACUGGGGCCGAGAAGCUAUUGAAAUGCAUGAGAAUGGAAGUACCAAAAACCUCCUCCAGAUGACGGAUGUGUAUUACUCGCCCACAGGUGUAAGGAAUCCUGAACUUGAACGAAAUGGACUCUACCCGGCCUACACUGGACUGCCGGGGUCACGGCACUCGUGCAUCUUCCCUGGACAGUAUAACCCAUCUUUCAUCAGUGAUGAGAGCAGGAGAAGAGACUAUUUCUAAGUGCGGAAGAGAGAGGGAGGGCCCACUGCUCUGAGCAACUUGUGGGAUCUCGGCUGCUCAGAGUACUGUACCAGGGGGGCCCGCGAAUACUGGCUGCUCCCAGGACUCGCGGAGCCACAUGUGAAUGGCAAGCAGGAAGCGGGACAGGCGUGAGGGGCGUAACCACGGUGGAAGGAGACAGAUGGAUGCGGGGACGUGGAACUGAGGGCUGCUUGUUAGGCACCUGCACUGUUACUGUGAACGUGAACAUGGGCCGGUACCAGGAGUCUCUCAGUUCAGCAGCCACCACCGGCCGAGGGCUGACUGUUAGCCAGGCACAUGGUCAGGCACCUUCACCAGGACCUAGUCUUUCCUCAGUUUGCACUUUAGUAAAUUGGAUAGGGAGGUCUCCUUUCGGAUUUGUUUCAAGACUGUUCCAGAAAGAAGGCCUCUCUUCCUCAGACACUUCCAUAGGCCUCAGUUGGGUGGUGGUUAAUUUACGGCAGAGCACUGGCCCUUUUGUUGUGUUCCUGCCCAGUAUCUACAUGCUCAACAACAGAUGACGAUGAUAAACAUACCGCUAAGGUUUGGAGAUGCUGUAGGGGAACAUACAGUAUUUUCGUGGGCUUCUAGGUCUCCUGCAGUUUCCAAGCCCACCCUCAAAAUGAGGAAUUGAAAUUUAUGAGGCACAGCACACACUCCACUUUGUUUUUUAAUCAAGGUGACACGUUUAUUUAGGGGUAUUUUUUCCCUCUGCAGUUACAUCCCACUUUUUCAAAUAAGUCUGGAUCCGGGCAAAACAAGCUCCACGUGGUUUUCAAUAGAGGCGCCCCCUGCCUGUGGUGAGGCCCAGCAGGUAGCAGUGGGCACAGGCGCUGGGCGAGGGCCCUGGUGGGGGACUCUCAGAGCUGGAGGCGGUGGGGUGCUUCUCGUCCCUGAGCGCCUCGCCCCCCACCUUUGAGGCCCAAGUACUAUGUGUAUGCAGUAGAAAUGGAGAGCAGAAUGCAGACUGGGUCUGAGGGGCAUUCCACCACUAAUGGAAAAGCAGCCUGAUGGAGUCCCCGCAGCUGAAUGUGGUGAAAGGAGCAGGCUGAUGGGGCACGUUCAGUUUCCUGAAACCCAGUGCUUUGGGAAGCCAUGUGGGUUCCUGAGGAAGCCUAGGGAGCUGGGAUAGAGCCACACGUCCCGUCUGUGAGUCUGCUUCCUUACUAGUGCAGCCUUCUUUGAUUGUAUGCCAGAUCUUGUCCACUGACUCAGUGCGAACUUUCAACCAACUGCUCAAAGCUGUUUAUUCACUGAAUAACUUAUUUUCACUCAUGCAGUAAUUUGUACCUCUUUAUACCGCUGCAUGGUUCCCUCCAGAAACAUCAUUUAAGUCAGCAUUGGAGAGCUAAAGACUUGUGGCCAGUUAAGGAGUUGAGAGUUUGCCUUUGGGAAGGAAAUUCCACCUGUCUUAUUUAUUAUGCCUGCGAGAUGGGUCCUGGGAGGAGGGGGCAUACCCCGUACUCAGCGUCUUUAAGUGCUGCUUGGGGAACUGCAAUUGUUCUCAUCAUCUGCUUUUGAAACAUCCUGUUUUGGGAUGAGAACACAGUGGCAAAAGAAUUGUUCCCAUCCUGAAGCUUGGAGCUCAGUGGCACCUGCAUUCAUGGAAGCGGUGUAGCCUUCGGGGACAGUUAAGUCUUGGGUGUGGUUGUUUUCUCAGAGUUCUCUUUUUAGAAUGUAUCUCAUCCUUAUUCUUAUGUAAUCCUCGUCCUAACCGUCUUAAGUGUCAACUCCUGUGUCCCGGGGUCUCCACGAGCCACAAUACCCUGCUGCAGCAGGAACACAAAUCAGGUGUGAUGCUUCUUAGUCGUUAAAUUGCACUCAUCUCCCGAGAUACGCAAAGAAUUCUGUUUUUGUCAGUGGAUGCCGACUUAAAAUUUCAGAGCAUCACCUUUCAGAAUCCUUGGGUCUUGGAUCUCUCUGGGGAAGCAAACAGCCCUUUGUGCCUCCUGGUCUUGCAUCUAACUGGAGAGCUCUGAGCCCCUGCAUUCCGGCUCACCAUAGCCUACAGGCUCGGCUGUCUCACGAGUAGCCUAGCUUCCUGGCUCUUGAUAUUGAUCCUUGCUCCUCCCAGGGACCCAGAGCCAUGGCAGGGAGCUAUUCCCAGGCUUAUUCAGCUAAGGGUGUUGGAUGACAUCACAGCUGACAAAUCAUCUCCUGUGUCAGGACUAGAAGCUAGAAGUUACAUAAAAUGAAGUGUUCUGUCUCAAAAGCAUUCUUGGGAAGAAUCCCAAAGUCCAGAGAACAGUGUCCUGUGAGUUCCAAGAAUGCUUUCCUGUGAGUACGUUUUGUGCACAUGAAAUGGAUUAAGAAUAUUGUUUUUCAUUUACUGUGAAAAAAGGAGGACCCGUACAAUGUUAAGUUCAUAUGUAUCUCAUUUCUAGGAGGCUGUGGGGUUGGAGAAGGUGUAUCUCAAAAGCGUGAGGGUCUAAGAAGGUAUGCAAACAGCAUGAUUGUUAUCCGGUGCCAGCUGCCACCCUGAGUGAGGAAGGGAGAGGCUGGCUUUGCCCCAGCCUGGGGUUAAUACCUCCUAAAGGACCUGCCUGGGCCUAGGGCAAACAACCAAUAGGACAGCAGCAGCUGCUGGAUUGAAGGGACAGGGCUGGGGGCACCCCUGGCAAGCAGAAGCUCUCAGCUCCCGUAUAGGGGCUCGGUAUCAGCCCCUGUACCUGGAAUGUGUGAUCCGUGCUCGUAGAAAUACCAUGGUCCUGCCUCCCUGGGGCCCCACAGCUAGGGGAAGGUGGAAGGGAAAAGUGACACUUAACUGCUCUUGGGAGGCUUAAACUUCUGCAGGGAGAGCUGACUGAAUAGAAACCAUGCGUCCUGUAGCAAGCGGAAACACUUUGCUGGGACUCUCAGAGCAGGGUGGGACUCACCUGCCAGCCACCUGGCAACUGUGGGUUUUGUUUAAACUCCAGGGGCUCUUAUUUCUCCUGUCUUUUCCUCUCUGCCCCAUGAGUCAGCCCAGGACACUGGAGACAACUUACGAAGUCUACCUGUCACAGCCAGAAUCUCUGGUGUUCCCACUAUGGCCAGGCUCUGUGCAACGUCCCUGGCCUCACUCACCACACCCUUGUGAAGUAUGCAUGAGAGUGUCCGUUUCUUGUACCUGUGAACUUCCAGAGAGGAAAAAUAUCUUGCCUUGGAGAGCCAGGAUUCAAACCCUUCUCCCUGCCUUGCCAACAUGGUGAAUGCCUCGCCGUCUAAAUGUACCUUAAAUGUCAAAGAGGGCAUGAGAGACUGGGCUUAAAAUAUACUUAAGAAAAAAUAAAUAACCUUAAUAUUAUUAAGCAUUAACUAAACUAAUGAGAUGAAAUGCAAAAAAAAAAAAAAAAGUUGAAUCCUUUUGGAAAAAGUCCUUUCGGGUUUGUUAUUGCAUAUAUUUCUUGGACACUUGAGGUCAUCAUUAAUAACGACUGGCUUGUGCUUAGCAAGAAGCAUACUGGUGCGUGGCUUUGAGUGUAGGAAGGGUAAGGCGAUGACCCAGUUUUCUGACAAACACAGCCAGACUUAGAUGUCCAUCUCAGGGCUGUUUGGCCUUGUUCCCAUGGUAAGGCUAUGGCUCCCACAUACUGGAAGCACAUUUUUGUGAACGUUAUCAGAAAUUGGGAACAUAUUCAGUUGAAUGUCUUAAAUGCUGACAAAUCUUCCUUCUUUGACGAAAUUUUAUUUUCAGAAGCAGCUAAGUCAUUUAGAGCCAAAAUUGUUGAAUGGGUAGUGUAAUCAAGCUGGCUGAUAGCAUUUGAAAUUAUAAACAAAGAUGUGAGUAUUAAGCUCUUCAAGAGGUAAUUCUUAAGAAGUUGGCCCAAACAGAAGGGCAGCAUCUUUGCAAGACAAGGCAGGAUGGCUGCCAGAGAGAAUGUUUUUGAAGGACGAUAUUUUUCAGAUGUGAAAGUUCCCAGAGCAGGCACAUUAGGGUCAUCCCUCACACGUGGCUUUGUGGGGCCUCCAUGAAGCCAUCUUGCCCACUGGCGAAGUGCCCAGGUGCGCGGUAACUCUGGGAACUUUGCCUGAAGAAGCCAAAGCUGAGCAUUCUAGUUGCUCCUGGCUUAGGUCAGCCCAGUGUACCCCAAAGUAGGGUUGAGACCCAUAGCUCUAAGAUACACUGAUUUCAAAGCAAGAGUACUUCUUUGGAGACAGAAAGAAUACAAAGUUCAGUAUUUUCUAUCUUUCAAACUGCCCUUAAUAUCAAAGAUAUUUUUCUAUGUGAAGACUUGUGUGGAGUUAAAAGGGACCUGUCCUUUCCUCCUUCUUGACAAAGCAUCAUUCUGAGGCUCUCAUGUGCAUUUUUGGAAGAGAGCUACGGUUUUGUAGAAUUGUCUUUUGAGUGUGUGUUCUGUUUUUCUUUUUUUUUUUUUUUUCUUAAAUCCCCAGAGAAGGAAACUGGUUAAAAUACUAGAAACAUCAGAGUAUUAAAUGUCAGUGAAUUUGUUGUGCUAAAAUAUCUUUUCAAUAGUGUUAUAAUCCAUCCUAGUUGGUGUCAACCGCUCACAGAAAAGCCUGUGAAACCAAAGGGGACAAUUAAGGUUUACAAAGAGACGGGUCUUAGACCAGCUUUGUCCCCUCUGCAUUUUUCAAGAGGCUUUCAAAGGAUCUGCAUAUUAGAUUCUGGUUUUAUAUGUAUUUUUGGACAUGCACUGCAGGUGCAGAGUUCUUGUGUAGGAAGGAGGGGACUGGACAGAAGUGGGAUGGAACCAGGUCUACCUGGGAAACUAACACAGAUUUCUGUAUUACCUUGGCCUGUUUCUUUAAAAAAAAAAAAAAUGUCUUUCAUCCUGGGUUGCUGUGAGUUUUGUUACUGUUUGUGUCGCUGGAUUUAUGGUUAAAUGAAGCACGUAGCUGGGAUAUGAACUUCUUGAGUUUUCACAUUGUCCCGAGUUUCUUUUUGCAAACCUUUAAACCUUAGCCCCUGGUUGAUUGUGUUAAAACCAUUAUGAGAAUGUUAUUUAAAGUUGUAUUAUAAUUGCAACCUCCACUAAUUAUUCAGUACUGUAGCAGCAAAGUAUUAUUUGUAAGAAUUUGGUUAUUUUUAUACUUAUACCUACUUUAAGUCUGGCGUUCUAGUCAGUAAAUGAUGCAAUAAAAUGAAUAUCAUUUUC